UAAACUGCUCCCACCUCCUCUCCAAUCAGACCGCUCCCCGGACAGAGUUCUCCCAUCAGCCAAUGGAGAUCCUAGGCUUGCCCGGGCUGCAUUUGAAUGGAGGACCAGCAACCAUGUCAGGCAGGAGGAGAAAGAGGCGACUUCGCUGCUGUGCUCUAGAAUUUCCAAGCACAAAUGUACAUAAAACUCCAGACUGCAUGGAAGUAUUGGCAACUCAAUACAAUGAAAAAUGUAAAGUAGAAUCAAGUACAGAAUCUGAAUCUGAUGCCUGCACUGCUAAUGAGGCAUUGAUGAACCCAAGUUUAGCUGAUUCUAUAAAGAAUCACAAAACAGUGAAACAAUAUUUGGAUCCAUAUGAUGGAGACUUGGAAAGUACGUCAAGUGAAUCGGAUAGUAGUAGAGGUUUUCUGCUAGAUGCUUACACCGAGAAGAUAAAUUAUCAGCCCCAUACUAUUGGAGCAGUUGAUGGAAAGAAGUUGUCAAUAAAACCAUACAAACAGUCCUUUCAGACAACUUUUGAGCCGGUUUGUAGCUAUAAAGAGUUAAACUCCACACAAAUGGAACCUGUGCCCGCUGCUGAUGUGCUUCUACAAUCUUCCAGUGAAUCGGAAGUACUUUCUAACAGAGUACAUGAUCUGACAUUUCCAAAAAAUAGACUUGUCUCAAAUACCAAACAGAAGCAGUUUGGAUCAUUAGAUUUGGGGGUGCUGACUGACUGUCCUGCUGUAAACUCGGAUAUUGCAGGAGAACAUGGAUUUAUGAGCAUGCUAACUCAGAAAAGCCCUGGGAAACAUUAUCCCAGACACCCAAAUGCCCACCUGUGCUCAGGACGAACCUUAAAGGUUUCUCAUGAAAGAUUAAUUGAAGGAAAGUUCACGCCAAAGAGAAAACUUGGAAACUCUUUGAUUGAUGUAGGCAAUGACCGGAUAAGUAAAAAGAAAAGCCGUGUAAUUAAAAACUGAGGGGCGAAGAGAAUCCAGUGAACCAUUGGAUAUAUCCAUCAAGAGGAACCUUGAAUGUGAUUGCAGUUGUAUACAAAGUUGUAAACAAUUGAAGCUUUGCUUUCAAACUUAAAUGCAAAUUAAAUAUUAUUAGCAAAGGCA